AUGCAGGCGGCCCCCGCGCGGUCCGCGGCUGCGGCUCCAGCGCCCCCCAUCUUUAAUAGGGGCGCCCUCCGAGGCCGGGGCCGCAGGGCGGCCCGCGUGUCCAGCGACGGCGCCAGCGAGUUCGAGGCCGAGCCCAGCGGCUCCGAGGCUUACCCCGAGGCGGGCGACUCAGAGGCGGAGGGGCCCGAGCGUUGGCCCGACGCGGGCAGCGACGAAGACGUUAUAAACACGCGCCCCCGCAUGGCGAGGGUCACGCGGGGUUGGGGGUGCCAAACCACUAAGCAAUACCACGGUCUCACGGAGGCGCAAGAGCGUCGGCACCAAGAACGGGUUGACAGACAGCUCAGGGGCGCGGGCAUCAAUAACAGCCAGGGCAGCGCCGCAGCGGCGGCAAAAGAACUCGGCAACUGCUCCUUUGCUUUCUUCAACUUCGGGGCGGACGCUUCGAACCCUCAGAAGAGAGCCGACGAGUGGGGCCAGAUGAAGAAAUCCCCGGCCAACAUCGCGGCCGUCACCGAAGCCGCCGACGCCCUCUACGACAACCUCGGGGCUGCAGUGGCGGCCGAAGACACAUCGGACUAUGCCGUCCACGACAAACUGGCGCAUCGGGCAGGCAAGCGUUGGUUGUGCGCCAAAGGGGCCGAGCCGAAAGGCACCCCGCUCCUCGCCAUAGACGACGAGCGGCAUCGGCGCUACAGCAGGGUCCUGAUCUGCAAGGCGUGGCUUGACAGACAGGUCGCUGGCAUCGGCGACGAGUUCAUUGUCAUGGUGAUCCACGCGCACAACUCGCCGGCACAUUCGAAAGAAGAAGAAAACAGUUUUCGCACCGAGUACUUCGAAUGGUUCGCGGCCUUGCUCCAAACUUACGACGUCAAGGUUGCGGUGGGGGACUUCAACGCGGCGAUGUUCGAGACGCUGCGCGAAUGCCGCAGUCGCGGCGCCACCAUGGACACGGCGGCCUGGCACACGUUCAAGCUGAUCCUUGGUGGCGCGCCUGCUGCGGGCAGCUGCGCGGCGUUCUCUGCGAAUUGCCUUGGCACUUACUACCCGCUGCAUCCCCGGGGCGACCUGCGCGAGAGGCGCGGCGUCAUCCUGGAGGAGGGUUUCCCCGAAGGGUACGACAGCUUCAGGGCAAAAGGCGACAAAG